AAAAAUAAAUAAAUACAAAAUCAUUAUGACAGUGUCAUAGAAAAAGUGUCAUCACCUUCUGUAUUCUAGAACUCUGAGGACCUUCUAUCAUAUACAAUAAUUCCAGAUUACAUUUCAGUACUCUGGACUAAAUCAACAGGUUGGGGAAAUCUUAGCAUCAGCCUUAGUUGGUGCAGACUAGGCUUCAACAUAAUUUAUAGUCAGAUUUCUGUUGGGUUCAGUCAUCAGAAUUGGUAGAAGACUAGGCUAAAGUCAAGACAUUUUGUGAGUGUUUGCCGUCUACAGACAGGCAUGCCUAAUGUGCUUCUCUGGCUGGCCCUCCUUCUCUUCCCGCUGCCACCAACCUGUCCCCAGACCCCCCCACUGCUGUCGGCAGGUGACCUGGAGCAGAUGAACGCUGUGCCAGCCGAGGUCAUAGUACACAGCACUGCCUGCAGCGCCACCUGUGGCUUAGGGGUGCGUCAACAGGAGCUGUGCCCCAUGCGGGAGGGUCAGGUUGAGAAGGGAGGGUGCCGGAUGAGGUGGGUGCGAUGUCUGGAUACAUGGCAGUGCGGGCUGCAGACAAUCACAGGGCCUGAGGGUGGCCGCCUGGAGCUGGACUGUCUGGGAGAAGUGAUGGAGGCCAUGGGGAGGUACUCCUUCAGGGUGUCCUGGCGUUACGCCAGAGGAAUCAUCACCUCUGACGACUCUCUCUUUGUGCUGUACGACUCUCCCCAGCUGGACCGGGUGGUUCUGGGUUUGCUCCAGGAGGACAAUGCUGGUACAUAUCGUUGUGAAGUCCAGGACUCCACCUUCCAUCUGGUCAAGAGGGUCUACAAAGGGGUCCGGGUUGUGCCUCCCCAGGUGCUGAGUCUGGACUAUGAUAGUGCUUUGGUCAGGUGGGACAAAGUCGACCUGAGUCACUCGCCCAACCUUACGGUGGUGACUGGGUCUCCGUACACAGGAAGGGUGGUCCGGAACAUCGUGCUGACCAGCUUAGCGCUGUCAGCUGCCCUGGCUGGACUCAUCCUGCUGGGUUUGAGCGUACUUAUCCAGAGGAGGAGAUGGUGGAAAAGCUGUAUGAGAGGUAAGAGGGUCCUGCUGGCCAGACUGCUACCUCCUCCUGGAGGAGGAGGGCUGGAAGGAGAGGGCACACACACACACCUUCACCUCUGACCUCUGACCCUAGGCCCAGCUCACCCCAAGACCCAUAAAACAGCCAGUAAAUCUUAGUACAGUAAAAGUAGUUGUCCCUUUCUUGAUCAUACCCCAGUUCCAACACUGUCCUACCUCAUUUUACCUGUAGGUGAUACUGUUGGUUCAUAUGUGUGCUGUGGUUACAGAGCUGCUUGGUAACAUGUCUGUAGUUCAGCGGUGGAUGUUGGGUUUGUGGCUUUUGCUGAUGAUCUAUGGAGAGAAAUUAACCAAGCUAAAUGAACCAAUCCUCAGUGCUAAUAAUCUACGUGGGUGAAAUGGUUAUGAGUGUCAGGAAGCACAUGAUGUAUAGGAGUGACAUUGAGUUACUCAGAUACUCUAUUCAUGUAUAGGUACACACACACUCACACACACAUACACACACACACAUCAAAGGGACGGAUGUUGGUCCCACAGCAUCCACUGCAGUCAUUAAUAUCCAAGCUUCCUGGUCUUGGAGUUGUAUUUUCUUGACAAUGUUUAAUGUUCAAAGUGUAGAAGGUGAUUCUGUCUCUUUGUCAUCCAGCCUCUCAAUGCCUGCAAGGAUGUACACUGACACACACACAAACAUACGCACACACAUGCACAGACUCACACACACAAUAAAGCAAUGCCUAUAUAUGGAUAGAGACUAUGAAAACACACAUUGUCUAUUUGAAGUGGAGUUAUUGUUUUGAACAUAAAUGAACUAGAACGCUACAGGCAAAGUCAUUUUUUAAAGAAGCGUCCUUGGAGAGGCUUUCAAUGCGCUGCUCCUGUGUGUGUGCAUUUACAUGUAAAUUGGCGCGUCUGUGUGUAUUUGUUGUGUUUUAAAUAAGCCUACA